AUGGCCAUCACAGACGGGGUCACUAUUGUGGGCGCAGGUCCGGCAGGCUUGUUGCUCGCCAUUUUGCUUGCCAAAUCAGGCAUCAAGGGCAUCAAAGUUGUCGAAAAGGACAGUGGUCCGACUGAAGAGACACGCGCCGUCUUUUAUCUGCCCGUGUCCAUGUUUGAGUUUGAACGGGCCGGCAUCCUGACAGAUGUGACCACGGCCGCCCUGCAGCCCAAGUCGGCUUGCUUCCGCGACGCUGCGGAUGGCAAGCCGCUGUUCAGCAUGCCUGGCAAAGGUAUGAUUGCGCUGUCGCUCGACAAGCUGGCCGCCAUUAUCGGGUCGCACGCCGCACAGCACGACGAGGUCGACAUUUUGUACGGCCAUGAAGUGGUUGACCUGGGCCAGAAUGAACUGUCAGCUUGGGUCGACGUACGGACGGCAAACGGCCAAAAGAGGAUUGAGUCGCAAUACAUUGUUGGCUGCGAUGGCGGCAGGAGCUUUGUCCGGAAGGCGCUUUUUGGCGAGCAACCUAUGCCUGGCUUCACUUGGGAUAAAAAUCUCGUUGCGAUUGAUUUGACGUAUGAUUUGGAGUCGAACCUGCCGGAGACGGCGGACUCGAACCUCUUCUUGCACCCUGAAGAUGCGUGGCUUGCAUUCCGUCCCGACAAGGAACCUAAUCAUUGGCGGGUCAUUUGCCGCUUCGAAGGCAACCCCAAGGGCGCAGAGCUAGACGAUGCCCUGAAAGCCCUGCUCCCUGGGCAACCAUCACCAGAGCAGUACAAGGUCGCGCGCGCAAUAACGUACCAGAUCCACCAGAGAAUCGUGGAUAGUAUGCGCGUCGGUAAAGUCUUGCUCGCCUCGGACGCAGCGCACUUGUGCUGUCCUUAUGGCGCCUUGGGGUUGAAUGGCGGGAUUGCCGAUAUCGGCUCUUUGCGCGAUUGCCUCGUCGCGAUUCAUGAAGAAAAGGCCAACGACACAAUCUUGGACAUUUAUAGCGAGGUGCGGAGGGACAAGUGGAAGACGAUUGUUGAUCCAAUGUCCCAGGGCACCUUGAAAAUGGUCUUUAGCGAUCCAGCCAAUAUCGCAGACCAGCCUGCUUACAAGAUGAGCCAGCUUGUGAAGACCGACCCAGAGGCAGCACGGGCACAAGCCCCAAACCCCCUGGCGCUUCGGUACGACUUUUCGAGCCAUUUUGCUUGA